UGUAACGGAGAUGAGCACCGCCCCCUAGGGAACGACUAGCAUAUAUGUGUGUGAGGGAAACCUUUAUCUUUUAAAUUUACCUUUAAUUUUGGAAGCUUAAACAUUUCUAACUCAGUAGAGAAAAAGUAUCAGUAUCUAUAAGGUUAAAUAUAAGAACCUGUCAGUCUUCUGAACAUUCUGGUGUGGUGCCAUCACAAUGAUAUGACUAAAAAUGCUUUGUCUUCUUUCAGAAAAGUCUUGUUACUUUUUAUCCUCUUUGUGCAGACUGAAGGGUUCGGUUGUUUGAAAGUAUAGAAUUGGGCUAAUUAGGCUAACCCAAGAAAUACUCCUGAAGCAGGACAAAUAAUAUCACAACUCUUCAAUAGAUUGUUUUAUUUAAAAUAGAAAUGAAUACAUUUCCUAGAUGGAGAAAGAAUGAGGCUUUGAGAAGAUUCAGGUUUUAACUACAGUGAAAGUUUUAGCACAACCCUUUUCAGGGAAGGGCAUUGAAUUAAUAUUUCCUAAAGUUUUCAAUAGUCCCUGCCCCUUUCCCCAGGCAUAUUUUAGAAUUGAGAUUUGGAUACAGGCCCUUGGUUGAAUUUGACAGUCUGCCAUUGGUUAGAAGGUAAUCAGGUUGCUUUUUAAAAACAUGGAUCCAAGAUCAUAACUGAAUCUUGUGAUCUUUAAAGCAAUUUUUUUCUUGUUUCUGUCAUCAUGAUCUUUUACUAAAUUGGCUAUUUUUAAAUAUAUUCUUUGCAAAACAGUUUCAUAUAGGAUUCUAUUAUUCAAAAAGUCUGCGUGUGUUAAUUCUUAUUACUGAAAGUGUUAAUCAGAAUUAAUAUAUCAAUUUAGAAGAUAAUUCUAACUGGAUUUUACAGCUGAAAUAAAUUCUAGGUAUGUUACAGUAUAUAAAAUAAAGGGACUUUAUGUACUAAACAGUAAAACGUGCACACAGGGAAACAAUUGGUGAAGUAAAAGGAGAAGAAGACUAUUUAAGAUAUUAUUUGUUGGAAAAGUUAGAACAAAUAGAAGACCACAUUCUGAAAAUAAUUAUUGAACUACUAUAAGCCAAAUGACGGAUUGCCUGCUGUGCAUUGUAUCAUUUCUUCUGGGAAUAUCUACUUCUGACCAUGGUGAGUUCUCAAUACUUUUACUAUGGACAUAGCAAGGAUGGGUUUCAAAUCCCAAUUGACAAUUGUCUGCAUGCUACUCACUGUCACUUCAGUCUGCAGCCCACCUGAAAUUGAUUUUGGAAGAAUUGAAAUGAAUAAACAAAAGGAAUAUCUGGAAAAUGAAAGAAUACAGUUUAAGUGCUAUCCUGGAUAUGAUCUGGAAGGGUCUGACUGGAUUACAUGUAAAAAGGAAGGUUGGAUACCUCCGCCAAAGUGUUUCGCACCCUGUAUUCUCACAAAACAGCAGCUGGGUGACAGAAAUCUUCUUUUGAAUGGUGGACAACGACACUCAGAAUGGAUAAGAAAUGGGCAUACCAUAGAAUUUACAUGCAGGAAAGGAUAUUUCAUUGUAUCUCCUUCUAUCAGAAAGUGUGUUGAUGGGAAUUUAACUUUACCUUCCUGUAAUUCUUCUGUCAUUUGCUCUGCCCCACAAGUAGAAAAUGGUAACUUUUUGCCUCCGUUGACUUAUUACAACUUUGAAGACAUGAUCUACACAAUAUGUAACCCAGGAUAUAUGCUUGAAAGUCAUAAAAAUUCCUCUAAAUGCACCAAAGAUGGCUGGUCACCAUAUCCAAAAUGUGUCAGAAAAGACUGUGACUUUCCUCAUAUAGAGAAUGGAGCACUAUCCUGGUCCAACACAUAUUACAGUGACGUCUCUUUUCCCAAAAAAGUGGGACAAAUAAUUGGUUUCAAAUGUAAUCAUGGUUUUCUGGCAAGAAAUAAAAAACAUUGGGAUAGAAUCAAAUGCACUAAUUUUGGCUGGGUUCCAGAACCACAAUGUUAUAAACAAUGCAUUCCCCCUAAACAGUUGCCACAUGGUCAUGUGACUUAUAACUCUGGGAGUAAUUUCAUAGAUGGUGACAACAUUUCAUUUAAUUGCGAUAUGGGGUAUUAUCCUGAACACCAUUCACCAAUAGCCACAUGCAGAAAUAGUGACUGGUUUCCCACUCUGAACUGCGUCUCUACAGGUAAACAUCACUUAGCAAAACUAACAAUUUGGGAGUCCUUCCAUUUUGCAAGCAAAACAUCUUUUUCUUCUUCCACUAGAAUCUGAGGAGGGGUUUAUUGAAUUUUUAACAGAACUUACAGAAUGAAAAAGUGGUUCUCUUUUUGCAGAGAUCUGGAUUAAUUUAGGGCUUAUUCAAUGGUCGGAUCAAAAAAUAUUUAGUUGAAAAUAACCAUGGUGGGGAAAAGAAAGAUCAGUUGAUAGUUGAUAGGAAAACAAGUUGGGGAGAAAGCAUCCUCUGGAGACUGAAAAGGUUACUAGAAGAGAAAAGAGGUACAAUAUUGAUAGCCAAAUCUGGUCCUAGGUUCUGCCUCAGUUACCUUCCUAAUAAGCACCAAGUCAGAAGAUCAUUUAAAAUCAGUUUAUUAGGAAACCCUGAUAAGUGGGAUCUCCCUAUGAAAAGGGAGAACCCGGGACCUAUCGUACAUGCCUUUGUAAAGUUAACCCAACAAAGAAAAUGCAGAGGAAAGUUGAUUGGACAGCAUAAAAGUAACCCUCCUUUGCACAGUAAAUCAACUACAAGGUUCUUUGAAGUUAGAUAACCGGAUGCCAGUUGACGCUAAGAAUUUUUUUCUUAUCAAGAAAAAGCCAUCCUUCUCCAGCUCAUCUUUUCAGUUUAGGAAUGUUAGGAGCUAUUCAAUCAAUCCAUACAUUCAUAGGAUCAGAAAUGCUACUACAUUCCAGUCUAAACCUUAUCACGUCAUUUUAAAAGACACAAAAGUAAGUCAAAUUAAAAUACAAAGUAAUUAUGUUUAAAAUAACAAGCAAAAUACAAUUAAAAGUAACUAUAUUGCUAACAAAUUACAAAGUCUGUGUCAUGUGCCCACCAGUAUUGAAUAAUAUAGAAUAAUAAUAAGUAGGACAUAGAAAUUAUUCCAAAUUUGUUAAUUGUUUUCAUUUUCAUUCAGCAAUAUCUGCUUUUUCAGCAUUCUUGUUCCUUAUUUCGCUAUUUCUGUUUUCAAAAGAGAAGGAAGUUUUACCAUGGUGUUAUUUCUUUCUCUCCCAGUUCACAGAUAUAAAGGGCAAUAACUAGCUAGAACCAUUCUUACUGAAUCUAAGUUUCAAAGUGUCUGUUCCCAAAUAAUUCUGUAUGCAUUGUUUAUUUUACAGAUAUUCAUCCAUCAACUGGGUGAAAGACAGUUCAUCCACUCUCCUCUUUCUUCUCCAACCACUCUAGAAGAAUGAGAGGUAGCAGCCUGCUCUUUCUAAUUCUAUUAGCAUGAUUUUGAUAGCUUAUUACAUAGAUGCCAUAGGCAGAAUCCUACUGGAGAAAGAUUCAACUUUAAAAGCUAAAUAACCCCUGUAUAAUAAACUCAAGGCAAUCCAUGGUUUAUAAAUCUGAGAUAUACAGCACAGAAGUCACAACUUGCAAAAAAUAGUUCUAAGAUGCACCGAUUCUUUGUAUCAUCAAUUUGUAUCUUUAUUACUGCUUUCUCUAUGUUUGAAUAAUAAUUGAAUUCACUGAACUACUUUCAAAUGCAUUAAAUCAUCUUAUUUUAUGCCCUUUUGGUUACAUAAAGAAAUAACCAGCUUUGGGUCUUAGAUUUUUAUCAAUGGACCAACAUAUUUAUAAUGGCUUUUUCUAGUUAAUGAAUCCCCUGGAACUUUUAUUAAAUGUUCUCUAUCAAUAUAUGUAUUUCUCUUCUGUAAUUAUAGAUGACAUCAUCUAGAUAUAAGGUACUUGCUGUUAUUCCUAUUAAGCACGUGUGAGCACUCUGCCAAAUAUUCAAGCAUAUACCACUUGAAAUAAUGCUGCACUCCAAGCACAAUUUUAUUUGUAAAUAAAACCAGGACUCUGUAGUA